AUGACCAACAUGGAAAACCAACUGGCCCAACUUACCGCCAUGAUGGCCGAAAUAAGUCAGAAACUCCAAGAUCCUCCGUCUGCACAUGCCACCGAGGCUUCUGUCCCCACCUCGUCAGGGCAUACUCCCCCGUUAGCCAUUGAUCCACAUGCCACGGAUCCUCCUGAAAAAGGGACAGCAUCAGAUUCCCCUUCUGUCACACCGAUCAUUGUAAAUCUGGACCCUGUUCCAAGGGAGGAGACUAUCUCCCGCCUCGAUGAGGAAAGCGCAAGGCGCCUAGCCAAGAUGGAGGAACGACUCUGUGUUCUUCAAGGGUACGAGAUGCGAGGGGUUGAUAAGUUAUCUCCAUAUGCUAAAGUGAAAGUCCCUGAAACCUUCAAGGAACCGGAAUUUAGCAUGAAAUAUGAUGGCACCGGUUGCCCUAAGACUCAUCUCAAGUAUUACUUGAGAAAAAUGGCUCGCUAUUCCGACAACGUACCACUCCUCAUCCAGACCUUCCAAGAUAGCUUGAUUGGCCCUGCCUUGUCAUGGUUCAUUGCGCUGGAUGUUGAGACGAUCACAGCAUGGGAAGAUCUUGCCGAAGAGUUCCUUCAGCAGUACAGGUUCAACUCUGAAAUCAUCCCCACGAGAGAAGACUUGGUUCGGCUAGAAAAGAGAAGGAAUGAACCUUUCAAGGCAUUCGCUCAAAGGUGGAGGACGAUGGCAUCACAAGUAAAGCCCCCGCUGAUCAAGAGGGAGAUGAGGCAACUUUUUCUGAAAACCCUGCCACCUGAGUAUUUUCACGGAAUGUUAACUUCUGGAUGUCAAACAUUUUCCCAACUGGUGGAAGUGGGCGAAGGGGUAGAAUGGGCGAUUGUCGAUGGGAGAAUACCCGCAGGGAAUAGCAAAGGAUUCCCAACAAGGAGGAGCAAGGAAACCGCUGUCGAAGUUGCAUUUGUCCAAGAGCCGUCUAAGUCUUUCUCAGCACCCCCACAAAAGCCAUCAAUCGUACAAGGGCAUGCGCCCCAAGGGCAUGAUCGAAAUAAGAGAUUUCCUCAUAGGGAAUUCUCCCCGCUGCCAAAAUCCUUGUCAAAGUUAUUGCCCAUGCUCAUUGAGAGGAGGAUGGUAGCCAAAGAAGUACCUAGGGACAAUCCUCCAAGAUUCCCUGGGUUUGACAUGACCAAGACAUGCGAAUACCACCGGGGGGAAAGGGGGCAUGACACGGACAAUUGCUUUGCACUAAAGAUCAAGAUUCAAAACCUGUUGGACAAGGGAAUUCUAUCGUUCGAGAGAGCGCGACCCAAUGUGAAGCAAAAUCCUUUGCCCGACCAUGCCGAGGGCGUAAAUGUGGUGUUCGAAAAAGUGAACGUGAGCAAACAAACCUUCAUGGUGAACAUCCCAAGGCUAUACAAAAUUCUUCAGCUAGCUGGACACCACGAAGGAGGAAAGGAUGUGAUGAGGGAGGAAAAAUUAGACUAUGUUCGUAGAAUGAUGAGCAUGGGGGUAAUCGGGAGUGCUGAUAUGGGACAAGGAUUAGUCGCCAUGACAACACCAGUCGUGAUAUACUUCUCUGAUGAAGAUUAUGCUAGUGAUCAGGAGGUGGAGGAUGUCGAGCCAGUGAUAAUUGAUCUCGCAACUGAAGAAUUCUCAGCAAUCCAGGUUGGAAGGGAGGAUAUGACGCAAGUUGUGAUCGAGCUGCCACCCCUGGAAGAAGAAGGGGUCAUAAUCCUUGAAGCCCCUCCGGAUUUCGAUACUAAGGCGGUCCCGUGGGACUACGAAACGGAUGAAGUGGAUGCUAUCACCCGAUCAGGUCGCUGCUAUGCGCCUGCCGGAGGAAUUGAGAAAAAAGCAGUGACCGAAGAAGACGCAAAGCAAUUUUUGGCAGUGAUAAAAACGAGUGAAUUCAACGUGGUAAACCAACUGCGGAAAAUGCCAGCCCAAAUCUCUCUCCUGGAUCUUUUCAAAUCUUCUGAGAAACACAAGGAUGCCUUAUUAAAGGUCCUUAACGAGGUUCAUGUCCCGGAGACGAUCGACGAAGCCCAGUUAGAAGAAUUUGUGGGGACCAUCCUGUUGAAGGAUCAAAUCUCUUUUGCGGACGAAGACUUUCCGGUAGAGGGCCGGAAUCAUAAUAAAGCCUUGUACAUUUCGGUUAAGCAUCACGAUAUGAUGGUCGCAAGGACAUUGAUCGAUAAUGGCUCCGCUUUGAAUUUAUGCCCGUUAACCACUCUCCGUCUCUUAAAGGUCGAUCUAGGGAGGAUGCGUACCGCCAAAAAUCCCGUACGAGCGUUCGACGGCACUAGAAGGGAAGUAAUAGGAGAGAUAGAGUUGGAACUCUUGGUCGGUCCCGUGACGUUUCUGGUGCUUUUUCAGGUACUAGACAUCCCAAGUGCAUUCAACUUUCUAUUAGGGAGACCAUGGAUUCAUACUGCGGGUGCUGUACCCUCUAGUCUCCACCAGAAGGUGCGGUUUGUGGUCGACGGCAAGCUUGUUACAGUACAUGGAGAAACAGACUUCAAAGUCUAUCACGAGACAGCCAUCCCGUACGUAGAGCCCGAAUGCAAAGAGGAAUCCAGUUUCCAAACUCUGGAAUUGGUAUCUAUGGUCCACGUUCCCGUUGGCUCACUCAUGGGCACCCCUGAACUGUCCAGGCCGACUCUAGCAGCUGGAAAAAUUAUGCUCGCAAACGGGUACAACCACGGAGAAGGCCUCGGAUUGCAUGGGCAAGGGAUUCGGAAACCCAUCGAAGUCGGGAAAGGUGCGAAGAGGGAAGGCUUAGGGUAUCAGAGAAGCCAAGAUAAUGGAGACCGGGGCAGCCGUGAAGGUCGGGACAACGGAGGUCGAGGCAAUGAUGGAGGCCGAGGUAAUUGCGGAGGCCGAGGCGGCUCUAGGGGACGAGGUAGCAAUGUAGGCCGAAAUAGUUGUGGAGGUCGAGGUAGCAACGGAGGCCGGGGCAACCAAGGAGGCCGAGGCGCAGGUCAGGGGGACCACGGCGGACAUAUUGGAGUGGAAAAAGGCCGCCGAGGCUUAUUACUCCCCCUAUUGAAAGAGAUGUUCCCCGGGCCUCCGAAGAUGCUACAUGAGGAAGAGGCGGCCAUCGACAGUAUAGCUAAGCUAUUCGAGGAGAAUGUCAUAUGCACUAUCCUGACCUGUGAGGAAGCUGAAUCUUCUGGAAGUGUCGCCGACCCUGCAGAGCAUCACAUUAUGCAUAAUCAUGGUAAGGACGCAUGUGAUUCGGAUUCGCACGAAUGGAAUCUCUCAGAUAUCGAUAGCGAUGACAAUGAUCCGAAGGGGAUUGAGCGUGAAUGGAAGCGACAUGAGGAAUCAAGGCCAUUAACAGUGGAGCAAACAAUCACCAUAAACUUGGGUAACGAUGAAAACGUCAAGGAAAUAAAGAUCGGGGCAAGUCUUUCGAAAGCAGAGGCCGAAAGAAUGGUUCGCCUUCUUGAAGAAUAUCAGGAUGUGUUCGCCUGGACGUACGCUGACAUGCCGGGAUUGGAUCCAGAGAUUGUAGAGCAUGCUCUACCAACUGACCCCGACAUACUGCCAAGGAAGCAAAGACUCUGA